CACUUGUAUUUCUAACCGAUAUCAUGGAAGUUGUGUUCGAGAAAGGAAGUUUAUCAGAAUUAAUCACUGGAAAAAAAGUGGCAAAUAAGGAGAAAGUGGUAAUACGUUACGGAAAAGUAGAUUCUGCAAUAAACAAACAUGUUGAGAGUACUAUAGUCACACAAUCUCUUCAAGAAGAGUCAAAUAUCCCUACUAGGAAACCCAAGAAAAAAAAGGAUUCACCGAAUAAGACCGAGCCUGCUUCAAAUGGAAUUUUGGAUAAUGCAGAGUUGUCGAAUGUAAAUCAGAAUGAGCAUGGUUCAACCGAAGAAAUAGUCAUUAAGAAAGCCAAAAAGAAAAAAUCAAAAAAGAAUAAAACUGAUUCUAUCACAGAUACACAGGCUGUUGAUAAUAAAGAGUUACUGACUGAAGAUCAGAAUGAGUAUGGCUCAAGUGAAGAGAUAAUAAAGGAGAAUCCUAAAAGUGAACAUCGAAAAGAAAAGAAGGAGAAAUUAAAAAAAUUGAAAGAGUUGCAGGAAAAGAAAGAAAAAUUCAAUGAUAACCCAGAAGAACUGGCAAGGACUAUCUUUGUAGGAAAUGUACCUCUGACAACAACCAAGAUUAAAUUUAAAAAAUUCUUCAGUAAAUAUGGUAAAGUAGAAUCAGUAAGAUUCAGAAGUCCUCCAAUAAAGAAUAUCAAUGCAUCGAAGAAGGUUGCAGUAAUUAAAGGCGAAUAUCACCCAGAAAGAAGUAGUUGGACAGCAUAUGUUAAAUUUCAAACAGAGGAAGAUGCCAAAAAAGCUCUGGAAGCAAAUGGUGAAGUAUAUAAUGAUCAUCAUCUUAGAGUAUCGGUUUGUAAAUCAGAUGAGAAGCAUGAUGAGAGCAAAGCAAUAUUUCUUGGAAAUUUGCCAUUGAAUAUUGAGGAUGAUCAGCUAUGGCAGACUUUUGGAUGCUGUGGAAAAAUUGAAUCUGUCAGAAUUGUCAGAGAUAGUAACACAGGAAUAGGAAAGGGAUUUGCUUUUGUCAACUUUUCUAGCUCUGACUCUGUACAACUGGCUCUUGAAAUGGAAGAUGUCAAGAUAAACAAGAAAAUUGUUCGCAUUCAGCCUUGUAAUACUAAAGCUGCCAGGAAAAACAAAAUCAAUGGUUUUGCUAAGGUAAUAAAACAAAGGAAAACCAAAAAUAGAAAUAAAACUGAAGGUGAUUCAAUUAAAAAGAGAAAAAGACAAGAAGACAAUGAAGAGAUAAAAAACAUUCCUAAUGCAAAAAAGGAGAAGAGAGAACAUUUUCAAGGAACAUCGUUUGCAGGAACAAAAGUCGCAAUUAAACAAAAGAAAAAGAAAGAUAAAGGCCUUCUGGCGAAGGAGAAAUUGGCCAAGAAACUUAUUUCAAAAUCCAAAUAACUUUUAUUGAGUUGAUUGUUUUAUUUAUUUACAAAUAAACAGGAUGCCCCA